AUGCUUCCGAACUGUACCGCCGACCUCGCCGCCGUGUUCUCGCCGCAGCGGCGCGAGCCGGAGGCCAGCGAGAGGGCGCCGAAGGUCAUCGUGGAUGACCGCUUCUUCUUCAGGCGUCUCACCUGGGCUUUGCACCGCCGCGCCGUGCGCCACGUCCGCGCGGUGCCGCCGUGUGUGCGCCUCAGCGUGGAGCUGCUGCUCCUCGUGGCCUCACUCAUCCAGCUUAGCGCCGUGCUUGUGUUGCACGCUGCACUACUUCCCUCCGCACUUUCGCAGCUGCACAGUGACCCGCUGGCCGAGCGCCUGACGGACGUGUUGUCUCCGUCAGGCGCGGCCGCUGAGCUGCUCAUCAUUGAGCUGGCUCUGCCUUCGUUUGGGUCUGUGGCAGACGACAUUGCGCCGAACUCGAGCUCCGUUCAUACAUCUGAGGUCGUCCGCUGCGAGGUGGCCGCCGAGCGCUCGGUGUUGGAGCUGCCGCCGGCGCUGCGGCGAGGCGUGCAAGAAGCUGCGAGCGAACACCACGGAGGUCUGGUUGCCAAAGUGCACAUGGAUGCCAACGACUUGCAUCCCAUGCUUCCGGUCCGUCGGCUGCCCAGCUCGCUGCUCCGCGGCAUCCUCGUGUCGCGCAUCAUUGGGGCUCUGGUCACCGGCCCAUUGCGGGACGAGGUCAUUCGCCGCGAGCCGUUUCUCUCUGUCCUUGCCAACUUCACCGAGGAGGUGUCGAAUUUCGACGGUGCUAACAACUCCUCCGAGGUUGGCCCGGAGCAGCCGGCGGGCGCCAAGGUGCCUCCCAUGGCUGUGGAGAAGUGGUCACUUCUGGCUUGGGGCCUCGCCGAAGUUGGGCUAGGCAUCGGCAACGUCUCGACUGCGAAGUUGGGAAGCACCUCCCUGGCGUUCUUGUCCUGCGAAGGGCAGACGCCCGUCUCACUGCAGCCCCUCCGGCGAUUGUCGGAGCUGCUGGACAGGCGAACGGAGUGGUGGCUGUUCAAGACUGUCUGGGUUUUCGCCACCUGCAUCUUUGGACUGCUUGCGGCGGUCGUCGUCUGCUUUGCUGUGCGGGGAUCGCUGCUGGGCCUCUACAGCAUUUGCCUCCACCUGAGCACAGGGCCUGGCUGUGGGCUAUUGGAUUCCCUCGAGGCGACGGUGUUGGUCUUGGCACCUGCAGGCCUAGGGUUCGCUUUCUGCCGCCUCGCGGGGACCCGGGCACCUGAUGUGGCGGCGAUCCUCGUUUGCCUCUCUGCCGGCGAAGUUGCUUCCCUGAUGCUUCAGACGCAGGAUUCGCGGUAUCUUUUCCCAAGGGCCGCUCUGCCUGCAUACGUUGCGGACGUGUACUACUGCUUCUUCUACCACCCCAUGAACUUCACCGGGUUGGCACACGGCGCUCUCUUCUGCUACCAGGCCUUCCUGGUCGCAGUUCUGUGGGGCCAUUUCGAAACAGUCGUGCACUUGCCGACUUCGUCCUUGGACCAGCUCAAUGUCGAAGUCCGGAUCAGACCCAGCUCCCAUGCGAAGGGCCAUGCUCAGCUUUCUCCGGCUGUGCAGAAGCUGCUCCUGGAACAAGGGCUACUCCUGCUCGGGGACAACACGUCUUACGAGACGGGCAUGGUAAUGAGUGCAGUCGUGUCCAGAGCUGUGCAGACGAUGAAGGCUCCGCGCUGGACCUUUCCGAGCGACCCAGUGGGUGCCACGGACUUGCUACACCCGGGCGAGUCUCUUCGGCCCAUCCACCCGGAGGCCCUGGGCGGUGGCGCGGCCGUCAACUUGCUGUUCAGCCGCGCCUUCGCCGGCGAUGCCCGCAGCGGCGCUGUGCUGGCACAGCUGACGGAAAGGAUGAGGAAGUCGGUGCAAUGGCUUCCCUACAUCACUGCCCAGACGCGGGAGAUCACGUUCUCCAUUGCUCGGCAAAAUCUCGUCGAGCAGCUUCGUGCAAGGCGGAGAGAGGUGCCAGAGGAGGAGUGA